UCCGUUUUCAAUUCCCUCCUCUCACUCUUUUUGUUGCUUCUCACCUGCCCCUUUUGAUUUCUUCUGCUAACCCUUUUCUUUUCCGAAAUCAACACCACAAACUGUUCCGCCUAUGGAUUAAGCAGCUCCGUCUAUUCAAUUCCAUUACGCUUUCGUUCUGGUUUAGACGACAAAACCAUCCACAUCUCUGGACUGGAAUCUUCCCUUCUUUGAUUUUGGCGAAGAAUUUUGUCGUCUUCUUCAAGUAUCUGCCAAUUGCUCGCUUCCCUGAUCCAGGAAUCAUGAACCAUCCUCAUUUUCUCUGUUCUUGAGACAGAUAGAGAGAGAAACAGAGCUUGUUGAUUGGUUUUCCGUAAUGGGUUUCUUAGUUUCUCUCUUCAAACAGAAGGGUUUUGUUAUUUUCUUGAAUCUCUCGUUUCUCUCACUGGCUUGUGCUUUUUUAGCGAUUCGAUUUCACUAUCCAGAAGAAACCCAAUUCCGUGUUCUUAACAAGAGCUUCAGAAAACUCCAUGGCACUGCUCAGGAAGAUUGCCGGAAUUUUAUUGGUCUACCUGACUUUGAAGCUAAGUGCUCUGUUCUUAAAUCCAACAACCCUUGUAACACCCAAGGCUAUAUAGAUUAUCUUUAUGUUUUCUAUUGUCAGUAUGGAAGUUUUAGCAUUCUGGGCUAUACUCUGUUGUUUCUGUGGCUUCUUGUGUUGUUCUAUCUUUUGGGUAACACUGCUUCUGAAUACUUUUGCUCUUCCCUUGAGAGUUUGUCGAAAUUGUUGAAUCUAUCCCCAACAAUUGCUGGUGUUACUCUGCUUUCUUUGGGUAAUGGCGCACCUGAUGUUUUUUCCAGCCUUGUUGCUUUCAUGGGAGAUGGAACUACUGAUAUUGGCUUGAAUACUGUUCUUGGUGGAGCCUCGUUUGUUACCUGCGUCGUUGUCGGAAUCAUAAGCAUUUUGCUGCGUUUUCGACGGAUUAAGGUUAAUAGGGUUGCCUUCAUUAGAGAUGUUUUGUUCUUCCUCUUGGUUCUUUUGUCUGUUUUUUUUAUAUUGCUUCAUGGACAUAUCAAUCUGUGGGGUUCCCUUGCCUUUUCUUCCAUGUAUCUUGUUUAUGUUUUGGUUGUUUAUGUCUCCCAUGCCCAAUGGCUGAGUUUGAGGAGGGAUAUUUUCCAACCCCUUUUGAAAGAGCCACCAAAGGAUGAGUCUGAGGGCCAAAAUGACGAUGACGACAACGACGACGGUGUUAGAAUCGACGUAUACGAUGUCUGUUUUUGUCCUAGUUUUUCGCCUUCUUGUGUUUUUUUCCUUCGCCUUCUUGAGAUUCCUCUUUACUUGCCUAGAAGGCUGACAAUUCCCACUAUUGCUGAAGAAAACUGGUGUAGACUGUAUGCAGUUGCUUCAGUGACAUUAGCUCCCAUUCUCUUAGCUUUUCUAUGGGCAUUUCACCACCAGAUCGAUAUGUCUCGGUCGAACGUAAUCAUCUGCAUCGUCGCCUUGCUGGUCGGAGUUAGUUUUGGAAUUGUUGCAUUUGUGACAACUGAGAAUUCAAGCCCACCAAAGAAGUGGCUGUUCCCAUGGCUUGCAGCUGGGUUCACCAUGAGUUUAACAUGGAGUUAUAUUAUAGCUCAGGAACUGGUAGGGCUAUUGGUUUCACUUGGCUACAUAAUGGGCAUAAGCCCUUCAAUUCUAGGACUGACCUUCCUGGCUUGGGGAAACUCUCUUGGGGAUUUAGUUUCCAAUGUGACCGUGUCCUUGAACGGCGGGCAGCGAGGCGCCCAAAUAGCCAUCUCCGGCUGCUACGCCGGCCCCAUCUUCAGUACGCUGUUCGGCCUUGGGAUGUCCCUUGUCAGCGCUUCAUGGAAGAAGUAUCCUGAGCCGGUGGCCAUCCCGGCUGACCCUUACGUGAUGGAGACAUUGGGGCUGUUGGUAGGAGGGCUGCUAUGGGCGCUUGUAAGUUUGCCAAGGAGAGAGAUGAGGGUUGAUGCAGUGUUGGGAGGAGGCCUUCUGGCUAUCUAUUUGACCUCUUUGCUCUUAAGAGUGUUGCAAGCUCUUGGGUCUUCCCAUUAGAACCAUUUUUGACACUCAACUCUUACUACCACAAAACAGAAACAAUCUAAUUAGUUAGUUAGGUAAAUUAAUUAGUCGUUUUUUUUGUAAUAGUUUUAACUUUGAUUAGAAUUCGAAUCAAUGAAGCUAGAUUUGCAUUGUAUUGUAUGUA